AUGAGGUCUCGUCCAUCAUCAUCUGUCACUUCACCAGAGCGUCGCAACAUGGAGAGUGCGCAGCUCGGCUACUCCUCCGCUGAGCGCGAGCCAGACAGGCCGCGCUUGCCUCGCCUUCCGCCUAGGCCGAGUGGACAGUCUCCGAAGCGCCCCAGCUCUCUCAGCACUCCCAGCCCGUCUGAGCCGGAGGAGGAGAUCGAAGCGACAUCAGACGCCCUGGAUUCGCCCGUGGCUCCUCGGCGCCGGAGCAAAAGGUGCACCGGCAGUUCGGCCGCGAGCAACGACAACUCUGCGUCGGCGACGAGUAUGAACCCCAUGCCUUCCAAGACCAAGAAGACUAGAGCCAAGCGGCCAGCUGGGAACGUUCCCGCUGCGACUCAGGACGACACCCCGGUCGCAGUGCAGCCGACGCGUAGGAUCACGCGCCGCCAGACCAAGGAACGAUUCCCUGAGCCCGAGGAACCCGCCGAAACCGCCGAGCCCGCCAUGCCGAUGGUGGCAGGGAUGGCCCCCGAGCCGACCGGCAUUCCGCCUAGGCGCCCCAUUCUCCGCUCCAGGGCUGCCAGGGCUGCGCCCGUCUCGGACGCUGCCGACGCUCCUGUGACGCGCGCGACACGGAGGGCGAAGCGUGUCUCCUUCUACGACGCUGGGGUGGAAGAAACCUCAGAGGUUGAAACCGGCCUUGAGACUCCCUCGUCGGCCGACGAGUCCCAGAACGCUGAGGCGACGCCGACGAAGACAUCGAAGAAGAAGCGCAAGCGCUCCUCAACAUAUACCACGCUUGAGGCUGCAGACUCGCCCAAGUCCGCCAAGAUCUCUCGAACAUCCCGUACUGCAAAUGCAGCGGUCGCCGACGCGUCGACUCCCGAGCCGACCGCUUCUCCUGACGUUCCCGUCGAGGUCGAGGUUAACGCAGCGCCGCUGACGCAGAAAGUGCCCACGACUCCAAGGCGAGCGAGACGCUCCCUCAUCACUACCGGCACGCCCAGGACACCCGUGAACGCCACGGCGGUCGACAAUGCAGUAACGAGGGCUCUGGCUCUGCGCGGGUUCGCAGGCUCCCAGGUCUUCCGGUCCAGCUCACAGGCAAGUCAGUCGAGCUCUUCCCCCGAGCCCGAACCCGCCGCUCCUCUCGAACCCGCGCAGCAUGAGGUAACCAUGGACGAAGACGCAGUCUCCUCGCCGACGCCUUCUCAGUCCGAGUCUGAGUCGCUCCCUGUCCCGGCGAUGGAGUCGAGUGGCCUGACGCCCCAGUCGCCCAUGCCGGGCUCCUCUGCGUCCUCGUCUUCGGGUUCCGAAGGGGAGGACGGGUGGGACUCAUCGUCGUCUGCGGCGUCGUCGUCUUCGUCUGAUACAGACCCACCGAUGCUGCUAAGCGGAACGGAGCUGGAGCGAACCAUGUCCGCGAUUGACGAGGCAUUUGUCGCGCCAGUGAUCCCGUUAUUGGAUCUUCCAUUUCCCGUACCGGUGACGCCGACGCCUGCCCCCGUGUCCGGCGAAACGGCACAGCUUGACAGGGACUCGUCGGCCGACAGCGAGGAGCGCGUCGAGCGCGCUGUGCAGGAUCGCGCCGUGCAGGCUGAAGCUGAGGCUACGGUCGAGCCCAAUGUUGAGCCCUCUGCUGGUACGACAUCUCAGCCCACCGAGACCAUCGCUGAGGCCCGCCAGCGCUACAACGACCUGACGAGGGAGUUUGACGCGCUGCACAAGGAGUUGGAGGCGGAGAGGGCCAGGGUGCAGGGCCUCAGGGAGGUCAGGCAGCAGCGUACUCAGCUCAGGCGCGAGAAUCAGCAGCUCAGGGCUCAGAUCAUGACGCUCGAGCAGAGACUCACACGACUGUCGUAG